GACUUCCUGUUGUGUUUAUCUGUUGGUUCGGCAUAUGUGUUUAAACCAAAACAUAUUUUACAGCAAGGUUAAGGUUAAGAAAAACCCAGUGUAACAAAUGUACUAAGACAUGCCGAACAAGGCAAAACCUCAUAGGGAUACCAGUAGGAGAGGGGGUUUAAACAUCGAGGAGACGGCCUCACGGAGAGACCUAAGACAACGCCCUGGAAAAGGAUAUGGUGUUUACAGGCUGGCUGGUGUAUGUUUUGGAGUACUGUCUAUUCUGCAAGCAGCACUUAAUGUCUCACUACGCCUUUACUUUCACACCGGUGUUGGGACCAACGCCAGCUGGAAUGAAGACAGUGAGCCGCUUAAGGCUGCAACAGAGCAGCUGCAAGCCAGCUACAACUACGUAACCACAGAGAGAGACCAGCUACUGGCCAAUUUCACAAACCUGAUGACAGAGAGAGACAAUCUUCAGAGAAGACUCUCUAAACUUGAAGCUGCCAGUGCACAUGGCUGGAAAUAUUUAGGCUCCAGCUUCUACUUCAUCUCCUCUGAGCGCAGAACCUGGAAGGAGAGUAGGCAUAACUGCAAAGAGAGGGGCGCAGAUCUAGUGGUCAUAAACAGCAGAGAGGAACAGAAUUUUGUAGUUGACUUUGGGAGAAAAAUGGAAAACAUUUUAUGGAUGGGAGCAACAGACCAUGACAGAGAAGGAGUUUGGCAAUGGGUGGAUGGAACUCCAGUCCUUACUGGGUACUGGAUAAAUAACCAACCAGAUAAUGGCUUAAUGGGAGAGGACGAGGACUGUGUCGCUCUCCAGCCUGCCAGAUAUAACUCAUUAAAAACCUGGGAUGAUGCCCCAUGUGACCUUAAACUUCACUGGAUCUGUGAAAAAGUUGCCCAUCUUUAGUUGUUUUCCCAAAUCCAAUAGCAACAUAGACACACAGAUUAAUACCUAUAAUGAAAAGCUACUGACCAUAUGUCAUAGCACAGUGGCGGUUGCUGAUCUUUGGAAAAGGGGAGGCUCUGAUAAAAAUGGUCAAUUAUUAAAUUAAUAUUAUUAAGGUGCUAUAUUGUUCUUUGAGGGCAAAAAUGAUCCCAAAACCCAGAAUAGACCAAACAGUAGGCUAUAGAGUUGGCAUGGCAGACAUGGCAGCUUGGGGGGAGUUUAGGCUAGCCUUCUAGAGUUAUUUCUCUGUGUACGUUCAUCUGCCUUGCUGUUUUAUUUUUAAUCUCCCCUGGUGGGCUUUUAAAAUUCAAGUAAACAUUAGCAUAAUGUAGCAUACACCGUUAUAUAGCGUACUACCUAAUUUAGCCAAAAUACACAACUGAAACAAAAGCAAGUUACAAGCUAUGUAACUCCACAUUACAGUUUUACUUACAGUCUGCUAUUUACAAAGACAAAUAGAAACUGUAUUGCUCACAAAUUAUGAUAAUUUGAGCUGCAACUUGCCUUGCGUCUCGACUUCACCUGCCAACACUAUCGCAUCCCUUGAACUUGAACCACUUCCUGUCAGAUCGCAACAUAUGUUGUCAAUCAAAAAGAGUCCAGCCU